CACUGACUACAAAGGGUAGGGGCAGCCCCCAGCACUCCCGCCGCGGCAGGCCAGGGGAGGGGCUGUGACGUUUGGUGGCCUCAUGCAGCUGAGAGGAAGUAGCUAAUUGCCAACCUGAUGACUGGCGGCUGAGGAGUGGGGUGAUGAUGCCACUGGCAGAAGCAGGCGCCCUGGCCCAAGGAGGAGGCCCUUCAGCAACGGAGUGGGCCUGCAUUCUGCGGAGGAAGACCCCCAGGCACAAGCAGCCCAUCUUACUGAUGGUCAGAGCAUCCAAAAGAAGUGGCGAGACUUCAGCUGUCCUCAAAGCAGGAAGACAGAGUGUUUCCGGCAGAAAGAACAGCACAAGCAAAGAUCUGGUAACCCUAGGUGCCUCCAGUUUGAGGGAGGAGAGAGGACACCCCCUCCAUCCCAGACAUGGGAAAGCAGUCCACCUGCGCACCAGGGGCAGGACACGUGGCUGGGUGCAGACGCGGGCCUGGAUGUCGCGGAGGACUCGCGGGCCGGCAGAGCGCGCGGCGGCGGCGGGAGGAGACGCAGGUCACGCCCCCUUCCCACCGCCUCCCGCCGCCUACGGUGCGCGCGCGCCGAGGAGCCCGGGACAGGUGACUCCUAGAGGACUGCGUCUGCGCCUCCCCCGGCGGGAGUCCCUUCUUCGCGGCCUCUGCCGCCCCCUGCGUCCCCUCCUGGGCUUCCGAGAGUCUGACUCAGCCAAGCCGGCAUCGCUUGGCCUCCUACAACUCACCCCCAGCGCAAGAAGAAAUUACAGGAUUGCAGGGGCACGGCUAAUGCGCUCUAAUUACCCACCGCCGCUGUCAUCCGCGGCGCUCCGCGGCGCUGGGCCAACGCGCCGUAAUUAAGACGCGGCUCCCCGGUCCCGGAACCCUGCCUUCGCCACCCCCCACCCACCUCGCGGUCCCCAGGACCACCGGCUGCCGACUCCUGCCGCCCUCCGGGACUGCCCCUCAGUCCCAGGAGAGCUAUGAGGCCUCACUGUGGGCAGAACUUGGGGAGACCGAAGCCGGCCCUUCCACUUCCCUAAACCUACAGUCCUCGAAGGUCUCUGCUGGAAGAGACUGGGAGAGUGGGGAGGGGCCAGGGACCUAUUUCGUUGACAGAAACACUGAGGUCUAUUGGAAAGUUAGCCUUCAGUGGGAGGAGUGGCAAAGGCAUGCAGGGCAGCAGUACCCCCGUUUGGCACUUGAGGCACGGAGAAGGGAAGGGAAGUCUGCCCAGCCAGAACUCCCAGACCUGCUCGUUUAACAGUGGCUUUAUGAGCAGCAUGACGGACUCCCUCCCCUGGCGGGGAAAUUACCUUCCUGCGAAGAAAGGUGACAUCCUUGCCACAGACACGGAGGCCCCGCCUGCUGACCAGCUGUGGCCUGCUGGUCAUAGGGGAGCUGGUGAGGAGUGAGGUGGCUCUGGCCUCCCAUGUCGGGUAGGGUGAGAGAGGCCCUGAAGAUAGAAGCCAGGCCCGAAGGCCAGAAUUAAAGGGGUAGCUUGGCCAUCAGCUCCUUCCGCCAAACCAGGCUCAGAGCGCUCCUCUAUCAGGAAUUCUUUCCUGAGGUCCAGGGUGUUGCAAACUCAUGGCCUUGGGCCACGUUUUACCUUCAGUGAGGUUUUGUUUGGCUUGCAAUGAGUACAUGGGUUUUAGGUUGAAUGUGAGAGUCUGCAGACAAUGUGGGUUCUCCGACUGCCCUCCCAGUGAAGGUGGACCUCUGAUUUAGACCAGCCCGCUGGGCCCGUGCCUUCAUCCUUUUCCUCAGCGGCAGGAUCUUAGUCCCCAUGAUUGCUGCCCCUUUGUGGUCUGCACGUUUCUUGGUAAGGGUGCCCAGUCAAGUGUCUCUGGGAGCCCCCUCUUCUCUGUCAUCGUCAGGCUCCCCACUUGCAGUGGCUAUGGUGGCUGCACAUGCUCCCGGAUACCCUUCCAGCACUCCCUUUUGUCAUCUUGAGUUUCAGUCCGUGACUUGGGUGGCACCCUAUCUUCUCCACCAGGGAUGGCAGCUAUUUUUCUGCCGUGAGACUAGAGGUUGCUUGAGAACAGGAAAUUGGAUCUCUCCCUUCAGACUGGGAUUUCACUAAGGGCUGUAGAAGGGGGUAAUAUGGGAGGAUUAUCUUCUAUCACAGGGCGCGCUCUGAGGGCACGCUGUGUCUCCGAUUCACACUGAUGGUUCCCUGAGGAUGGGGCUGUUUCUCCCGUCAGACUGGGGCUCCCUGAGUCAGGGCUGUGUCUCCCCUCAGACUGGGGCUCCCUGAGUCAGGGCUGUGUCUCCUCUCAGACUGGGACUCCCUGAGGACGGGGCUGUGUCUGCCUCAGACUGGGACUCCCUGAGGAUGGGGCCGUGUCUCCCUCAAAGUGGGGCUCCCUCAGGACAGCGUUGUGUCUCCCCUCAGACUGGGGUUCCCUGAGGACGGGGCUGUGUCUCCCCUCAGACUGGGGCUCCCUGAGGACGGGGCUGUGUCUCCCCUCAGACUGGAGCUCCCUGAGGGCAGGGCUGUCUCCCCCCUUCAGACUGGGGCCUCCCCCAAAGGACAGGGACUGUGUCUCCCCUGGGACUAGGUUCUUUGUGUCUUCUGCAUCAGACAGAUUCCCAUGAGGACAGGGCUGUCUCCCCCUCCAUCUGGAGCUCCCUGAAGGCAAUGGCCUCUCCUGUCAAAUGGGACAUUUGCACCCCACCCCACCCUCUGGCUCCCCAUGGCGCCCAGGCAUUCCUCCCAGGACACCAUUUGUCACGCUUUGAUGAAUGAAACUUACUAAGAAUAACUCAGUCCUUGUAGACUCUAAAGGACAGGGGGAGGGAGAGGGAGGAGGCUGGUGAUUGUGGGGGUGCUGGGGGAGGAAGGACACAAUCCAUUUAUUCAAUAGCAUUUCCUGGGUCCCCAGCUGGGCACUGGGGGAGACACAGUGAGUGCCACAGAGCCCCCUACUGUGCCAUUUCUGCCACUGACAGCCAGGGAUGUCCACAGGACCCCUGAGACAGAAAGUUCAGGUCCCUGCUUCAGAGCCUCCCCACCCCAGCAGUCAUUACCUCAGGGCCAGCCAGCCCCCUCAAUGCCAGUCAUGAGCUCCCUCUGCCCCUCCCUUCAGUGGAGGGGAGACUUUGAAAUCAGGUGCUUGGGGUGGGGGCACUGCUCCCAGUGGGGAUGUGAGGAACCUGGAGGAUGAAUCCCUGUCCCCCGCCCUCCCCCUACUCUAUUCUUCCUUACCCUGCCCCUUUCCACUCCAAAACCCCAAGCCUCUGGUUCAUAUUCGAGUGACUUUUCCAAUGCAACUGUUCUCAGGGGGCCCUUGGGAACCGGGAGGCUGUGACCUUAACCCACUUCUUUGGACAGUGCCUUCCUGGCACUCCGCCUCCACCUGCCACCUCCUGAGAGGAACAUUUCGGCUGGUCUUGGCAAAAACAUCAGUCUAUGAUCCAGGCAGCCUGGUAUAGUACCAGCUCUGCCACUGACACCACUGUGACCUUGGGAAGCCGUUUACACAUAUGGGUCUCAGUUUCUCCAUAUGUAAAAUGACUUUUGUUUAGCUUUCCUGAUUUUCAAACCUUUUUUUCGAACAGUGAAUCCUCUUGUUUAAAUUGUAAAUCAUGUGGCACCUCUGUUCUCUGUGGGAACAUAGGAAAAGGUUGGGGGUUCUUUGGUCAAAACAGGGGUGGGCUUCAUGCCCCAGCGGUUAGUCCAUGACACAUGAAUGCACACAUACGUGUGCACACAGAUCAGCUCCCGGGCACUGCAGAGUCCACUUCACAAACGUAUGAACUCUGAAAUCCUUUCCUGCUCAAACAUUCUGGGACCCUGACAGGACUGGGAGCUCUAGAACCAGGGGUGCCGACAGCUCUAAGGAGGAGGCUGUGAUUUCAGACCCCUGGGCCUGGAGCUGGGGCUUGAGCCAGCAGGAGUUCCUUUCCACACUUGGGUCCAAAGUCACUGCCUGGGCAAACCCUCACUGCUCUCUGCCCUCCCCACCCAUCCAAGCCAGAGGUCAGAUAGGCUUGUCUGAUGCCGAGCCCCCUUAGAGGGGUGGCGGGGGCCAAGUGGAGACACAGUGUCCUUCCUUAGUUGGGAGGGGGCAGCAGGUUGGGUGGCAGGUUCUGGGAGUUCUUCUCUGGAAUCCCUCUCACAUGCCUUGGAGGAGGGUCAGAGUGGCAGAGUGGGAGGGCCAGCAGGGCCCUGCAGUGGCUGAGGGCAGGGGGCUGAUCCCAGGAAGCCCAAGGCGGGCAGCAUAGGUAGGGGAGACUCAGGGAGCUGCACCACUCCAUCCACAAGUGUGAGAAUUUGAUACCAACAGGGAACGCAGGUAGGACAGGGCCCAUCAGACACUGAUGACAGGAGGGCAAGAGUGAAGAGAGGAGCAGGUACAGCCCAGGGAAGAAAAAAGUCACCAAUAAGAGGCAGGCCUAGGCCUGGGCUCCCAGCUUGGGGCAGCAGAGCAGAUCCCUUCAAGGGAGAAACCACAGAUAUGCCCCAGCCUCUCCUUGAUGCUGUGAGUCAGGGGUGCUUAGAAGGGCUCGUGUUCAGUUCCAAAUGCCCAGGGUCACCACGAAGGAGGUGCUGCCCCCUCCCCUGCACCCCAAGCAACCUGCAUCUGCAUGCCCUGGAGAGGCCAUUGCUCUGGAUUUCCCUCAGGGAACACGGCCGGGGAGCUGCUGUGAGAGUUUUCCCUGAGUCCCCACCUCCCUGAGAUGUACAAUGAGGGAAAGGAAGAGGUAUCUCACUGACUUCUGUCCUUCCAUCUCAAACAAAGACACUCUCUCUCUCUCUCUCUCUCUCGCUCUCUCUUUUUCUGGCAUUUGUCCCCAGGGAAUGCCUAGAGACUUCACAGCCUUGGCUCUGGAAACCCCUAGACAGCCGCUGUGUUGCCAGGCACGGCUCUGGGCACCGAGGCUACAGCAAUGAAAAAACAGCCAAGUUCUCUGCCUUCAUGGCGCUCACAUUCUAGGCAGGGAAAGACAGAUGAUCAACAAGUGAAAAAAUCAUAAAGCUCAGGUCAUGGUGUGGCAAGUAUUAGAGUGGAGAGCGAUGGGGUGGGGUGGGGGCGCUGUUUUAUAUGGGGUAGUCCAAAAAUAUCUUUGUGAGGUGGUCACAUUUGAGUGGAAACCUGGACGGCAAGAAGCUAGUCGUGCUUUGGGGUCAAAAGGACUCCAGAAUUUCAGUUUUUUAAACAGAAAACAUGUGUUUACCCAUAAACAUUAAAGGGCAGGGAAAUUAGAACUAUGCUUCUGGAGCACCUAUUAUAUGUCUAGCACCAUGAUGGAAAAUUCAUAGACAUCAUUUCCCAUCGCCCUCUUCAGAACCCUGUGUGUCACACAGCAUUGUUUUCAUUUUACAGAUAUCAAAUGAGAAAUCCAUAGAGAUUAUUUCACGCAUUUAAUAAGAUUUAUUGAGUAUUCGCCUCUGAAAACGCUGUAAUAAAUCCCAUAUGGACCCUGCCCUCCUAGAGCCUACAGUCUGUGAGAGCGAGGAGAAGGGUCAGGGAGGGCUUCCUGGAGGAGCCCACGUCUAAACUGAGCCCGAAAGGAUGAGGAGGGGGUGACAAUUGAAGUGAGUUGGCAGGGUCAGAAUUUCAGGCAGAAGGAGCAGCCUGCACAAAGGCCUGGAGCCUGGAGCACGGUUCCCUGCAGUUCCAGCAGGGAAGAGAGAGUUGUGCAGGAUGGUCCAACCUGGAGUGGGAGUGGGACAAGCUAAGGCUGGGGGGCUGGCUGGGGCUGGGCAGGAGUGGCAGGGUAGGUCCAGACUUCCUUCAUGGGAGACCAUGCUACGAAAGGGUUAUAAACAGAGAAGUAGCAGGG